GGAAGAGUCCGAGGGAGCUACCGUGUCGCUGCACCGCUGUCAUGCAGGAGUUAAAAAGUUGACUAAACUGGUAUCCGACAUGAAGACUUUCCAAAGCCGCAUCCGCGAACCGAAUCUUUGGUAACACCGCCUCGUUGUUCUUUGUUGCGGUGGCAACUUGUUGCGUGAGGAGUGGUUUUGUUUUGUUUUGCGACUUCACCUGAUGUAGCACGAUAAGCUAAAGCUAAUGUUAGCUCAGCCCAAACAUAUAUUGCCGGACUUUUAACGGCUUCGGCUAACUUCCAUCAUAUACGUCAGCAGAACUUUAAUAAUAGACUUCAUAUUCGUGUGAAAGAUUCGCAACAGGUUGUUUUCAACUUUGAUAGAGCGACUCGUCUGGACUCGGCUUUGAAUUUCCCUCCUCAGUAACAGACAGGCGGCUUAGCGAGGAGUUCGCUCCCUGCGCUUAUGCGCUGCUAAUUGCGGCUAGUUCGCUAAAAAUAGCCAAGGCCCUUGGGGGAUUGGGAUUGAGCCUUUUAGUUAGCUAAAAUCAGAUGACAUAAAUCCACCCUCACUGGUCGGUUUUUGACAAGAUAAGGUGAACAUACAAAAACAUGGAUCCGUAUACGGGACAAUCCGCUUCAGCUGGUGGACCCAAGAAGGAGAAGAAGUCCAAGAAGAACUAUGACGAUGGAGAUGGGAAAAAGAAAUUUACAUUGAAACGGCUGAUUCCCGAUGAGUUUGAGCGUUUUACCAGCAUGAGGAUGAAAAAGGACAAGGAGAAGCUGGGUCACCUUCAAGGCCAACGUCACUCUUCAGCUGCCAACUAUGAGAUCAACACUCAAAGUGCCAUGCUGCAUGACCACUCCGAUGAAUAUGUCUUGGACCUCUUUGAACAGAUGCUGCUGGAUAUGAACCUCAAUGAGGAGAAACAACAGCCCUUACGAGAGAAAGACAUCAUGAUCAAGCGAGAGAUGGUCUCCCAGUACCUCCAUACAUCGAAAGCUGGACAGAACCAGAAGGAAAGCUCCAAAUCAGCAAUGAUGUAUAUCCAGGAGUUAAAGUCAGACUACAGAGACACACAACUUCUCAGCUGUUUAGAAUCUCUACGGGUCUCUCUCAACAACAAUCCAGUCAGUUGGGUGCAGAAUUUUGGUGAUGAAGGUCUGGCUCUUCUUUUGAACCUGCUGAGGCGAUUACAAGAGGACAAAGAGGAGUACCCAAUUACUGGCGUGAAAUGUCAGCAUGAGAUAAUUCGCUGUCUGAAAGCCUUCAUGAACAACAAGUAUGGUCUGAAAUCAAUGCUGGAGUCAGAUGAGGGGAUUCCUCUGCUGGUCAGAGCCAUCAACCCGAAUGUUCCUCAUAUGAUGGUUGAUGCUGUGAAGCUUCUCUCUGCCAUAUCCAUUUUAGACCACCCUGAUAACCUUCAUGAGCGUGUUUUGGAGGCAAUCACAGAGGAGGCUGAGAAACGUGAUAUUGAGAGAUUUCAACCUCUUCUAGCUGGAAUGAACAAUCACAGUAUUGCUCUCAAGGGUGGUUGCAUGACCCUUAUUAAUGCCUUGAUCAGCCGGGGAGAGGAACUGGACUUCAGAAUUCAUAUUCGUUCAGAACUUCUGAGACUGGGACUUCGGGAGCAGCUGAAGGAGGUGCGAUUGAUAGAAAAUGAGGAGCUGAAGGUGCAACUCAGUGUUUUUGAUGAGCAAGCAGAAGAUGACUCUGAUGAUCUAAAAGGCCGUCUUGAUGAUGUGCGCAUUGAGAUGGAUGAUGUGAGGGAAGUAUUUGAUAUCUUGGUCAACACGGUGAAGGACUCUAAAGCUGAGCAGCACUUCUUAUCCCUGAUGCAGCAUCUCCUGCUGAUCCGCAACGACUAUUUGGCCAGGCCACAGUACUACAAAGUGAUAGAUGAGUGCAUUGCUCAGAUUGUGCUUCACAAGAAUGGAGCUGACCCGGACUUCAAGUGCCGUAACCUCAACUUUGACAUUGAGGGCUUAAUAGACAACAUGGUGGACAAGACCAAGGUGGAAGCGAGUGAAGCUAAGGCCGUUGAGCUUGAGAAAAAGUUGGACACAGAGUUGACCGCACGUCAUGAGUUGCAAGUGGAGAUGAAGAAGCUAGAAGGUGACUAUGAGCAGAAGCUGGAGGUUUUGAGCAAUGAAAAGGAAAAUCUGGCCACCGCCAAGCAGGACAGAGAAAAGGAGAACCAGGAUCUGCAACAAAAGCUCAGCAAUCUGCAGCAACAGCUGGAGAAGAUGUCAAAAGAUCUGGAAGAGGCCAAGAAUAAAGUCGUCACAGUAACUGUUCAGGCGCCUGCUCCACCUUCUUUGCCCAACCAGAAUGCUGGCAUACCUCCUCCUCCACCCCUUCCUGGUCAAGUGGGUAUACCAGGACCACCUCCACCUCCUCCUUUACCUGGCAUGCCAGGACCGCCGCCACCGCCACCCUUGCCAGGUAUGGGAAUACCACCUCCUUCACCCUUGACUGGCAUGGGAAUACCACCACCACCGCCACUACCUGGGAUGGGAAUAGCACCACCACCACCACCAUUGCCUGGUAUGGGAAUACCACCCCCACCUCCUCUGCCAGGAAUGGGAAUACCACCCCCACCUCCUCUCCCAGGGAUGGGAAUACCUCCACCACCACCCCCUCCUGGCGGUCCUGCCAUUCCCCCUCCACCGCCUGGCCCUGGCAUGCCCCCACCACCUCCAUUUGGUAUGGGUGGUUGGGGUGUGCAAGCACCACCACAACUUCCAUUUGGCCUUCAACCUAAGAAGGAGUACAAACCAGAAGUCCAGUUGAAGAGAGCCAACUGGAGUAAGAUUGGGCCAGAAGACCUUUCCCAGAACAGUUUUUGGACCAAGGCGAAGGAAGAUAAAUUUGAAAACAACGAGCUCUUUGCCAAACUCACCUUGACCUUCUCCUCGCAGACUAAGACCAAGAAGGAACAGGAUGGUCAAAAUGAAAAUAAACAAGUGCAGAAAAAGAAGGCAAGGGAGCUGAAGGUCCUUGACUCAAAGGUCUCACAAAAUCUCUCAAUUUUUCUGGGAUCCUUCCGUGUCCCGUAUGAAGAGAUUAAGAAUGCCGUCCUGGAGGUCAAUGAGAAAGUAGUGACAGAAUCAGUGGUUCAGAACCUGAUCAAGCAAAUGCCAGAACCAAGUGACUUAGAUCGGCUUGCAUACCUGAAGGACGAGUAUGAUGACUUGGCUGAGUCUGAGCAGUUCGGAGUUGUGAUGUCCUCAGUGAAGCGUUUGAAGCCCCGUCUCGAUGCAAUCCUCUUCAAACUGCAGUUUGAGGAGCAGUUGAAUAACAUCAAGCCAGAUGUGGUGUCUGUCACAGCUGCUUGUGAGGAGCUCAGAAAAAGCCAGUCCUUCACAAAACUUCUUGAAAUCAUCCUCCUGGUUGGAAACUAUAUGAAUGCUGGGUCACGCAAUGGGAAGUCAUUCGGCUUCCCGAUAUCAUACUUAUGCAAGUUACGGGACACAAAGUCGGCUGAUCUCAAGCUGACUCUUCUUCACUUCCUUGUUGAGGUGUGCCAAGAACAGUAUCCUGAUAUCAUGAGCUUUCCAGAUGAGCUCAUCCAUGUGGAAAAGGCCAGCAGAGUAUCGGCAGAGACAAUUCAGAAGAACCUGGAGCAGAUGGGUCGUCAAAUCAAGAACCUUGAGAAGCAACUUGAAACCUUCCCUCCUCCGCAGAGUGACAAAGAUCUGUUUGUGGAGAAGAUGUCGAAUUUUGUGACAGUCUCUCAGGAGCAGUAUGAGAAGCUGGAUUUGCUGCACAAGAAUAUGGAGAAACAAUAUGUAGAACUGGGAGAAUAUUUUGUCUUUGACCCCAGAAAGGUCGCAGUGGAGGAGUUCUUUGGUGAUCUCAAUAAUUUUAGGACCAUGUUUCAGCAAGCGGUGAAGGAUAAUCAGAAGCGCAAAGAGGCAGAGGAGAAAAUCAAGAGAGCCAAGUUGGCCAGAGAAAAGGCAGAGAGGGAGAAGGAGGAGAAACUUAAGCGGAAUCAGCUGCUCGAUAUCAACACAGAGGGUGACGAGACCGGCAUCAUGGAUGGCCUUUUGGAAGCGCUGCAAUCUGGUGCUGCCUUCAGGAGAAAGCGAGGUCCCCGCCAAGCAGCCAACCACAGACGAGCUGGUCAUGCAGUGACCAACAUCCUCGCCAAAGAGCUGAUGCAGGAGGACACGCUGGCGACCUCCAAGUUGCCCUUUAAGAAGAGCAAGUUGGACGAGAAGGAGCCGGCGCUGGAAGGAGCUGACUCUUUAGAGGAGCUGCUGGACGCCGGCCCAUCACGCUCAAGUUAGGCUCAGAUUUGUUUUAUCACAGGGCACGUCGUCAAUCCAGGGACCAAUGUCUGAGAUAAGUCUUAGACCCGUCGUCGUUGAUGGACCUUGUUUUAGCUUACAGUUGACUGAGACACUGGAAGGUGAUGGGCAGCGGAGGAAGGAGGCGGGGUCUGGAAUGCUUCCUUCAGUCGCAACAUUCACUUUCUCAGUAAACCCUAAAGCACAUGGGGGUCCACUAUACAGUUCUUAAUAUGAUUUCUGAUUUGGUUGAACAUAGCACAUUUUUGUUUAUGACCACUUGCGCGUUUUCACUUUGUUUUUUUUUUGUUGUUUUUUUUUCAUGAAUGAUGGGAAUUUCUGUUCUUAGAUUUGUUUUGGAAAGAAGUGCCAAAUGGGAGGAAUCACACGCACCUCACAUGGGUUUAGUUUUACUGUCUGUUCCAGGGUUUUGAUUUCCUGUAACUGCUGAGCUUCACAGUAGAAGAGCGUUGCGUAAAAAGCUAAAUGUACGGAUGCAUACUUUCAAUUUUCCAUUUGCAUGCCUGUGUCUACGAAGCUGUACGUGCUGCCAUCCGUGCUUUAUGUUUGGUUUCAUGAACAUGACUGUGGUCUUUCUGCUGCGGAGUUACACACUGGAACACUGCCCGAAGAACUGCUGAGACCAGCUCAGGUCAGCUGUGCCACACAGUACUUCAUGAAGCAAUAAUCGCCACCGACAAAGCACCGAUGACUCAGAUCUGACCAACCUUCAGCUGCAGAUUCACUCGUCAGAAUUCUGUCUGUGGAGGAAGUGUCACUUGCAGAUAUUGUGUCCUGCAGCUCUUUAUUUAAACCAGAAACUUGCGUUGAUCAAAAGCAUUCCAACUGAGUAAACAGAUUCCAGCAUCACGGUAAUGAAUGUUUUCUAAUUUGAGUUCAGUUAUAAUUAUUUUUAAGAUCAUUCUUUUUCUAUGCGAAUUUUUAUGGUUGAUAUUUUUUUUUCCUUUUUUAUGUAUUUCAUUUCUUCUUGUAAAAUGCACAUUAUGACUCUGUUUGUACACAGAUCUAUUAAAAUGUCCUCAGUAGUUCCAUGUGAUUUCGAGUCAUUACUGUGCAUGUGUUCAGAUGUCCUCAUGUUGUGUUCGUCGCCCGCAGACCAUGUAAGCAGGGAAAAGACGGGUGCAGAUUUCACCACAUUCCACCAAGCGGUGACUUAACCACUGCUGAAGAAUGAAUAAACAGUGGAAGAAGUUAUUUUCACAGAUGCAUUCCAUGGUUUGCUGUGGCUCCAGGGCCCCCAGAUAUUUUCCAAAAUUGACUCCAACAUGAUCCUUCACAAGAGGUAAGAGUGCGUGAGAGAGCGAGCGAGAGA